GUGGGUCGGUAGCUCAACAGGGAUAGGCCUACCUAAGGGUGGUGACAACCCCUUGGGUAGAGGUGUGACUUUGCGAAGACAACCAUGCCAAGAGGAGGGAGGGGGACACGGCCUCCACGGAGGCCGUUGGGCGCAUCAGGAGGUUAUGAGCAGUAUGGAUCUCGCCAUCGAGAGAGUACGCCCGUGUAUGAUGAUGGGGAUAUAGAGCUAUUCCUGGACAAUUUUCGGGGGUAUGCAGAGCAUAUGGGUUGGACCAUGACUCAUACGAUCGAGAGGCUGAGAGGAGCCGAUAGGUUCGCUGAGCCCAUUGCACAGAUUCGUAGGGAAGCGAGGACGUGGCCAGAGGCGGAGACGAGGAUGCAGGAGUUACGACCGUCGCCUGUGGGUCCUGAUGGCAGGCCACUCCGCCUAGAGAUCGGGAAUGUGAAGGAUUUUAUCCCCGCCUUCGAGCAGUUCAUGCAUGGCCAGGGCAUAUUGAGGGAUGAGUGGGCAAGGACGUUACCCCUGUGGACCAGAAAGGCAGAGAGACCCUUGGAUAUGCAGAUCAGAGACAUGGCUCGGGAUUGGGAGAGCUGCAGAGCACAUUUGAGAGAGGCAUUUCGACGACCAGAGCCACCUCAGCCCAGAGUCGAGAGACGUCAGAGGAGCAAGAGGCAGAGGGACCCUGAGCCCAGAGAGGCCAGACCGUCUCGAGGGGGACGGAAGGCACUUGCCAAGCGAGAGGAGGAGUUGGUGUCUGAGACUGAGGGGCGAGGGGCAUACUCAAAGUGCGGAUUGGGGCCGGUGGAGUUCCAUCGCUUUACUGAGGGAGGACUGGGAGGAUCUCCACAACGCACACGAGAGGAGAUGCCAGCAUCUGGAGAGCCUCUGCAGGAGUUGGAGGCACAUUUGGACGUCUCACGGUGGAGAGUGCCGCCGAUGAGCGAGGGACGUGAUGAGCCAGCAGAGGAGGUACCACGGGAGGAGGUUCAGGACCCUGAGCGAGAGAUGAGGCCGAGUACAGAGAGGGGACAUGCUGUAGAGGAGGUGAUAGAGGUUGAGGAGGAUACUCCCCCUCAGACGCCGGCCAUGGGAUUGAGACUGGGGAGUACGCCAGAGGGCGCACAUGGUAGAAAGAAAGGAUUGUGGCGAGAGGAGAUCCCACUACCACCACCAGAGACUGCCCCUUCGCCAGGAGGAAGAGUAGAGAUGGAGAGAGAGAGCCCCAACCGAAGAAGAGAGGCCCUCGCUAUGAUUGACAGGCAUUUGGCUGCACACGCCCUAGAGCACCCUGGCUUGGAGGAACCCGUACCUAAGGAGCCACCCCAGGAGCCACGCCAGGCAAAGAGAGAGAUGGGAGCUGAGGUUCCAGGGAGAGCCGAUCAACGCACGAGGGAGAGAGUUCCAACAGGAGAGACGACUGAGGAAAAAUGGGUCAGAGUUAGGAAGCGUUUGGAGGAAAUUUGGCAGGAAAGACAAAGGUUAGAGGAGGCAGGGGCACUCCCACAUCAACCAGCACCACCCAAGCCAUACGGAAUCAAGGAGAUGUGGGACGAAUUCCUUGACCAACAUAGCGAAAGGUUGAUGGCUCCAGAAAGGGCAGAAGUUGGAACUUCAAGGAAGGCGGAUGAGUACUUAGACCGAAAAAUCCGCUUCCUAGCCAAGACCCCCUUCGAUAGGUAUUUGAUGUUGGAAGCUGAUCUGGCUGGGAAGAAGAUGAAGGAAGUAAGCCAUGGAGUACGCUUAGAGGCGGUUGAGGCUGAGGUCCGAGAGCUCAGGGGAUUGGUGGCUAGUCAAGCUGCCAUCAUCCAUGAAUUGAGGCAGCAACCUCAAGGCGGGGCUGACAGGACUGACAGAGAGGGGCCAGCCAAGGUGGUGGACAGGGCAGAGAGCAGCCGGUGUGGAGAGCAGACAGAGACAGGGUAUGGCUUAUCAGGGCAGCUGUCCGCAAUUGAACUCCCCCAGGGAUCGUCCAUAGGAAAAACCAUAUUGGAGCCUGAGGAGGCGAAAACCAAAGGGGAGGCAGAGAGAGAGGGCUUCGAGUUCAGAAUCUCUACUGAAUUCACUACUCUGCCUGUAGCAGUGGUGGAACCCACGAUGGCAACUACGCCAUUGUCAGUAGGGGAAGGACUGCAGACGGCCAGCAGCGAGCCAGUCCAGGGUUCAGCAGAAGGAUCUAUGGAUAUACUUCUUAAGGCAGUCGGCACUAUGUAGGAAGAGGCGAGUCUAUUUUCGCCUGAGCAAAGGGUAGAGGAGCCUCCUGAGAGAGAGAUGGUGACUGCGAUGUCGAGCGCAUCAGUCCGGCACCG